GUACGCGCCCAUAGACUUCGCCAUCGUGCGUCUUGGGCUCAACGGUGCACGUCCAAGUCGUCCAUCCACAGUGCCUGGUCUUGCAGGCUUGGCCUCGCCGACCUAGCCCUAUGGCCGUUGCAUAGACGAGACGUUUUCACGUGGUGAAUAUUUUUCCACAAUGCUGCUUCGAAUCUUGAGUGCAUCGCUGAGGGAGUCCACUGCCGAUGGACUUUUUGCUGCGCUCUGGAAGACGGGCGUUUGGCGUCUGCUGGUAUUUUUGUUUAUCUAUUCUACGGGCCUCGCCGUUAUCUACCCGAUUACACCUACGCUUAUGACAAAUGGCUUCGCGUCGCUUGCAGCUGGGCACCGGAUCGAUUGCACGGUCUAUACGCCCUCGACGUCUCCGCGCGAAUGUAUCGAUGCGCAUUCCACCGUAGUUGUAUGGAUGAGCUGGACAAACUUCGUGUCCAGCUCUCUGCUUACAUUCUUUUGUGCCCCUUAUGUGGGGCAUUUGAGCGAUCGGAUCGGCCGCAAGCCGUUUAUGCUAGCCGGCAUCUCCCUGAUGUUCCUACCAUUGGCAGUAAUCCAGCUGCACCUACACGGGGUUGUCCCCAUAUACUGGUAUUAUCCUGCUUCUGCUGCUGGCGGCCUCGUCUCCUCUUUCACCAUGGCGCUUACCUCCGUGGCCGAUCUCCUGGAGCAGAAGCACAGGGCCACCGCCGUCGGCUACCUCACCUCCUGCUUCUCGCUCGGCAUGCUGCUAGGGCCCCUGCUGGGUGGUUACAUGUCCGUUACAGCCGCCCUUUGGACAUGCAUGGGGUGUACGGCAGCCACAUUGCUGUACGUAGCUGCAUUCGUACCGGAAUGCGCCCCCGGACCUCUGGCUCGGCGUGCCGCUGCUGCUGCUGCUGCUGCCGCCGCCUCCGCAACUGGCAAGGCCGCUGCUAGCGGAUCAGAACCAGCAGUUUCAGAUGCCGCAGACUGUACGGCACUAGACGUAACUUCAACCGUAUUUCCGGUAAUGCAAGUACAUCAACCGCCGCCUUCAACGCUGGCAGCGGCAGAGGACGUGACCCUCCUCUCUGCGCAACAACACCUGAUCAUCAGCGGGGCCGCCGCAGCCUCCUCCCAGCUGCCGGUCUCAGCAGUAGCCGCAGCGGAGGCUGCCGAAGCCGUGUCUGCCCACGACGUGUGUGCUCAUGUACAGGAACGACCCAUGGGUCGGCAGCAGGGGCAAGAACCCGUCACAGACGGCUUUGGAAUGACCUGCAGUAAAUCCUCCACCGAUGAGGGCGCGGACAAGGACACAGGAGCUGUCAUAGCCAAUAGCGCGGUGAAGCGGGAAGAGUGCAGGCAGCAGCCCCACCAGCAGCAGCAGCAAGCCUCCUUGCCUUCGUCUCCCCUAAGCGGGCUGGGCAGCGGCUGGGCUGUCAUCCGUCGCUCGCACUUCUACCUGCGCAUCGCGCUGAUCUGGGUGGUGGUGUCCAUGACGUGGGAGGGCGCCGGGGAGCUGCUGAUGCAGUACCUGCAACUCAGGCUGGGGUUCGACACGCGCGACCAG